UAGCUUCUAAAACAAAUGAAUGAACUUUGCCAGUGCUUCCUGAAAAUGCAAGAAGUUGGCUAUAUGCGUGAUGUUGACCCACGUCGGGUCUUUCUUAAUUACCCCGAACUCUAUGUUCAUAAUUCGAAAUUUUGGAAAAAGGCGGUGCUACAAAUGCUGCAAACUUCGAGAAAUAACGGCACUCCUUUAGACCCAGCAAUCCUGAAAUCCGGUUUUGAACGAAUUGAUGAGUGGUGGCCUUGUUAUACAACUUUCAUAUAUGGACAUGCUGAUUGUCAUAGCUAUGUACAGAAAUGCCAGAAAGAAAAUGAACUGUUUCGCGAAUUCGUUACGUGGGCAGAAUCGCAAGAUACGAUGAGACGACAACGUUUAUUGGACGCUUUGACAAAUCCGAUGCAACGUCUUACAAGAUAUAGUUUACUUCUCAAAGCUGUUCUUAAGCAUACUGUUGAUGAUAUCGAACGGGACACUAUUCAGGAUAUGAUAUUACGAAUUGAAAAAGCCACUCGAAAUGUUGAAGAAACAUUAAAUAACAAUGACUUACAGAAUAAGCUUAAUGAAUUAUCGAGAGCGAUUGAAAGUUAUGAAGCUGUUGACUGUGAAGAGUUUGAAAAGAUAUUCCCGAUCAAAUGCUACAUUCGUUUGGCUGAUCCAAUGCCAUAUUUUGUGGGACAGCCACAGUUUCGUCGUGUUUAUUUGCGUGCUGAUUUAAAGAUGAAAGAUGGCAAACAGGGAACAAAGGUAGAUGCACAUUGCAUACUAUUCACCGAUCUCUUCCUCAUAUGUAAAGCUUCUAACAAGCGUUACGAUCGAUUAAGAAUACUUAAGCCACCAAUACAUAUCGCUAAAAUGUGCCUUCAGCGAUUUCCCGAUUACUCUGGUUUUGUAAUAGCACCAAUUAACGAUUUCGGUAUGCCUUCCGCAUUAUACUAUUUAUCGACUCCAUCAAUUGAGGAAACCCGAAAAUGGCUCGAAAUGACUAAUAUGGCGCUAAGAGACUUCUAUCGCCUGAAACCUCUGAGUCCGCAGCAAUGCUUGUUAGGUAUUUCGGUGGGAUUAUUUAAUGGAUUUGGAUUGAACGAUGAUGCAGAUCAUAAUCGUUCGAAUAGUAAUAGUGGUAGUACUCAAGAGGUUAUCAAUCAAGAGAUUAUACAUCGGAAAAGUUCCAGUAUGGAUUCUCAAAUGGUCGCUGAACAUAACCGUAUUGCUAAUGUGCGAAAAGUGAACACAAUAUCAUCGGCAGAUCAGAUUGAUCGAUUACUAAGAGAAGGACAAAAUGUUGGUAAUGGGAUUUGUGGCAGUGUUAAAAACAAUUUAGUAUCACAGCAUAAAUUAGCUGUAGUGGUCAAUGAUGACCGUUUCUUACCUUCAUUAGUUAGUACAACGUUGAAUGGGCAAUCAAAGUCAUCCACAGAUUUACACUUCGCUUCAAAAUCCGUGGAGUAUUUGGAUUCACCCAAUCUGCAUCGUCGAUCACGUUCGAACUCCUCUGGGCCAACCGAUAUUGCUAUUGACAAGACGUAUUCGAGUAAUUCGUCCAAGCCGGGAUUUUCGACUCAUUUAUUUUAUAAGGGACAUAUCUACGUUAGCGAUAAGCCAUCCACUUCAUUGGAACAUCAAGAAGGAUGUGACCUGCGUGCCUCCCAAGGCACAUUAGAUAGCAGUCCAGAUUUUUCCGAACAACGAAUUGCUGGACGGCAAGAUGAAACGGUGCGAUGUUCCUCUCCUUCAGUAAUUAUGACUUAUGCAAACGAUGAAGGUGUUGGAAUACCAUCUUCACAGAUGUCAAAUGCACGUCGUUUUGAACGGCGUUAUCAUACAUCAGAUGGUAUUGAUAUUACUAAGCCAAAGGUGCCGGCAAACUUACCACCCGGGAUUUUGAAACGAUUCUCCUGGAACGUUUCAACAGCUGUCGGUGGUUCAUCGAGGAAAAUCACGAAUCGAAUGAAUGAACAGAAUAUUCGGCGUCAAUCACAAUCAACGGUAGCUUCAUCGGAAUCAUUCAGCUCAUCAACAUCUGGUUUCAGUACCGCUUCAUCAUAUAUGGAAGGUUCCACUGUUACAGAGGAAAUGACUCCAAUUGGUGAUCUUGAUAUGCACAUUUCAACAGUAGCAAUAGGAGUACUGGAGGACGUAGCAGAAGAUACUCGAACACUGAAGAUUCAGCUUAGCGAUGAGAAUAUCGAUGAAAUCGAAAAGAAAGAAACGACAACUGUCCCACCUCCACUUCCUGAUGUACCACCUCCUUCAUUAAAUGGCAAAGAGAAAGGUGCUGGAUUUGGUGCCACCACCGCUCCUCUCUCUUCCGCAACCGCAACCUCAGUCCUGACAACAAUUAACAGAGGAGGUGAAGCAACAAACUCCGUUAAACAGCAAGAGUUACUGAAAUUCAUUAUGGAUAAUCAUCUGGAGACCUCCGAUGUGUGAAAUGAUUAUCUAUUCAUCAUUGCAAAUCAUAUUUGGUUGUACAACAAUACUGUUCGCGAAGAAGUCGUCACUUAAUUUUAUAACGUCGGAAAGCCUGAUUCCAUGUAACUAUACAAUAUUUGGAAAUCAUCGAUACUUCACUGUAUUAAGUAGUGCUUUUU